UUAUGCUUUGUGUUGCAGGUUUCUUCUCUCAGCUGAUGGUGACGUAGUUGCGCGCCUAACCGAGCCUGUCUGUGUGACUUUUACAAAUGGGGGGCGGAGGGCUGUAGGGCGCAACCAUUUCACACCUCCACCGCGCGAGAAGAGGCCUAAUAUCAAUAGUAAUUAUCCGAGGAUGAGACUUCAUAGAUGAAGCUCAUCUCCAGCGAAUCACUGAAAGCUCCAGAAGCCGAGGCAGCGCGGGGGGAGACGGGUCGUGCCUGUUCCGAUGGUGCGCAAAGUCCAGCUGACAGCCGUGGUAACUUAAAGAGCGGUGCGCACAGCUGAGCGCGUUUCUAAUGUACGACAGUGUUUAAUAUUAAUAUCGGUGGGCCAUUUCUGUAGAGAGGAGCCGGCACACAGGAGCUCUACAGCAGCGCCUGUUCCCACAAGAGCGACAUCAUAGAUUUCCUGCGCUAUCGCAGCGGAGAGAGGAGGAGGAGGAGAGCGCUGAUUCACGGCUUGCAGGAGGAGGGAGAGCCGUGCGGACGGGCUCCGAAGAUCCAUUCCUACCAAGGGUGCAACCUUAAAAUACAGACCCCCUCCCACUCUCACACACACAUACACACACACUCUCUCCCCCUCCUCCUCCUCCCUCGUCAUUGACAGCUUUGCGACCCGGUCAGUCCGUCAGACGGGGAGGAUCUGGGGAGGAGGGCGCCAAGGCAGCAGAGGACGAAAAGCGAUCACCUCUGGCCGGUUUGAUACAAUCGCCAAUACCGAGCAGGCUGGGGGGAACCUGCCUCUCCGUACAUGAGGACGACAAAGCGGCUUCACCGGGGGAAUUUGGUCCGAGGAGCACGUUUGACUCCAGAGAUCCAAACAGCGAGCUUAUUUUGAGACUGUUGGCACGGCUGAUCUGAACGGCAAAACAAUAAUAAAGGGGACGGACAGGAGCUAUUUCGCAGUCACUACAUAAACUCCCCGGAAUACAAAUCCAGGUGGUGGGUGGAGAAAAAGCACAGCCCAGUGCUGGAUCCCAGAGGGACUGUCAGUGUGGUAAGGACCCUUGAGACGAAGGAGGGUGCAUGGAGGGUUCAAGGCCUGUGAAGCCAGGGUCGUCAGCCUGCCUCUGGUUGGGGCUGGUCUCCGUGGCUGUAGCCUUCCUUUGUACAGAGGCCCGGACCACUCCGAGCCCUCUGCUCAGUCCCAGCAAUGCCACCUGCGAGGGGAACUCCAAGUGUCACGCGGGGAUCAUCCUGCCCAUAUGGUAUCCAGAGGAUCCGUCCAUGGGAGACAAGAUCGCACGGGUCAUUGUGUACUUUGUGGCCCUCAUCUACAUGUUUCUCGGAGUGUCCAUCAUCGCUGACCGCUUCAUGGCGGCCAUUGAGGUUAUCACCUCCCAGGAGAGGGAAAUUGUCAUCAAAAGGCCCAAUGGGGAAACAACCACCACCACAAUCCGGGUGUGGAAUGAAACGGUCUCCAACCUCACCCUCAUGGCCUUAGGCUCGUCCGCCCCCGAGAUUAUGCUUUCUGUAAUCGAGGUUUGUGGACACGAGUUCAAAUCUGGCGAGCUCGGGCCCUCCACGAUCGUUGGCAGCGCAGCCUUCAAUAUGUUCGUCAUCAUUGGCCUCUGCGUGUCCGUCAUUCCCCAAGGAGAGGUACGCAAGGUCAAACACCUCAGAGUGUUCUUUGUCACUGCAGGCUGGAGCAUUUUUGCUUACAUCUGGCUCUACAUGAUCCUGGCUGUGUUUUCUCCCAACGUAGUCCAAGUCUGGGAGGGUCUGCUCACACUGGCCUUCUUCCCCAUAUGUGUACUCCUUGCCUGGGUGGCGGACAGACGACUGCUCUUCUAUAGGUUCAUGCACAAGAAGUAUCGCACCGACAAACACAGGGGCGUCAUCAUCGAGACGGAGACUGAACGCUCCAAGGGAAUCGAGAUGGAUGGCAAGAUGGUCAACUCUCACUUCAUGGAUGGAGGUGCGGCCAGCAAUCUGAUCGGUUUGAUCGAGAGCAAAGAGGUAGACGAGUCCCGGCGCGACAUGAUCCGCAUCUUGAAAGAUCUGAAGCAGAAGCAUCCGGAGAAAGAGCUGGAUCAGCUGGUGGAGAUGGCCAACUACUACGCUCUCUCGCAUCAGCAAAAGAGCCGUGCCUUCUACCGCAUCCAGGCCACGCGCAUGAUGACAGGCGCUGGAAAUAUCCUGAAGAAACACGUGGCAGAACAGGCGAAGAAGAGCGCCAGCGUGCAGGAGGUGCACGUGGAGGAGCCAGAAGAGUACGUGUCUCGGAUCGCUUUUGAGCCUGCUGUCUACCAGUGCCUCGAGAACUGUGGUGCCGCCAUUCUGACCAUCACCAGAAAGGGUGGCGACAUCAACAAGACGAUUUACGUGGAUUAUAAGACGGAGGACGGCUCGGCUAACGCCGGGGCCGAUUACGAGUUCACAGAGGGUACAGUAGUGUUCAAACCGGGAGAGAUGAUCAAGGAAAUAAGCAUUGGCAUCAUAGACGAUGACAUCUUUGAAGAGGAUGAGCACUUUUUUGUGCGCCUCAGUAAUUUGCGUGUCCUGGAGACUGAGGACGAAGUGCUGUCCCCAAACAGUCUCCCGUACCCAAAGGCCAUGCUGGGCUUCCCCGCUGUGGCCACCGUGACCAUUCUGGACGACGAUCAUUCGGGCAUCUUCACCUUCGAGAGCAGCUCGGUGCACGUCAGCGAGAGCAUCGGUAUUAUGGAAGUGAAAGUGCUGAGGACUUCCGGAGCGAGGGGAACGGUCAUUGUGCCUUAUCGCACCAUGGAGGGACUCGCCAAAGGAGGAGGGGAGGACUUUGAAGACACCUAUGGAGAGCUUGAGUUCAAAAACGACGAGACGUGCAAACUUAUUCACGUGAAAGUUAUUGACGAUGAGGAGUAUGAGAAAAACAAGAACUUCUUCCUGGAGCUGGCCGAGCCUCGCAUGGUAGACAUGAGUCUGCAGAAAGCCUGGUUGUUAGCUGAUGAUGUGCCAGACAGGAAGCUGACAUCUGACGAGGAGGAAGCCAAGCGGAUCGCGGAGAUGGGAAAACCGGUGCUGGGGGAACACUCCAAGCUGGAAGUCAUUAUUGAGGAAUCAUACGAGUUUAAGAGCACAGUGGACAAGCUGAUCAAGAAGACCAACCUGGCUCUGGUGGUGGGAACAAACUCCUGGAGAGACCAGUUCAUGGAGGCCAUUACAGUCAGUGCAGAUGAGGACGAAGAGGACACGGGGGAAGAGCGGCUGCCGUCCUGUUUCGACUACGUCAUGCACUUCCUCACCGUCUUCUGGAAGGUCCUGUUCGCCUGCGUUCCUCCCACGGACUACCUGAACGGCUGGGCCUGUUUCAUCAUCUCCAUCAUCAUCAUCGGCCUGCUCACGGCCGUCAUCGGCGACCUGGCGUCUCACUUCGGCUGCACCAUCGGCCUCAAAGACUCGGUCACCGCUGUGGUGUUUGUGGCACUCGGCACAUCUGUCCCGGACACCUUUGCCAGUAAGGUAGCAGCCGUCCAGGACACCUACGCAGACGCCUCCAUCGGGAAUGUGACCGGCAGCAACGCCGUCAACGUCUUCCUGGGAAUCGGCAUGGCCUGGUCGGUGGCGGCCAUCUACUGGCACAUGAAAGGGAAGCCGUUCGUGGUGGAAGCCGGCUCGCUGGCCUUCUCCGUCACGCUCUUCACCAUCUUCGCCUUCCUGGCCAUCUCGGUGCUGCUUUACCGGCGCCGGGCCCACAUCGGAGGAGAACUGGGCGGGCCCCGGGGACACAGACUGGCCACGUCAGCCUUCUUUUUCAGCCUCUGGUUCCUUUACAUCCUCUUCUCCAGUCUGGAGGCCUACUGUCAUAUAGAGGGCUUCUAAACGGGAAAGACUUCAGCAUGAGAGAAAACAAACACACAGGGGUUUAAAGUACAACUUCAGAGGUAAAAGAGUGAAUUCUCACUGUGGAAUUUGGGUCAGUCUUGUGUGGUGUGGAAGGACAGGAGAGGUAAACCCGGGGUUUUCCCAGACACCUCCCUCCCUCUCCCUCUCUCUCUCCCUCAACCCCCUCUGUAAGGAUGCUUGGAGGUGUGUAUCCUGCCCUCUAGUGCCGACAGGCCUGUUCGCCCUGGCUGACAGGAGAGCUGUCCUGAGCCCGUGCGAGUGUGCUUACAGUUGGGAUUGGGUUUCCACCAAAUCCAGAAGAUGCCGACGCCGACAGGUGCUCCUGCAUUCCACUGGAAGAGACUGCAGUCUUAUAUCCGGAGAGAGUUGAGUUAAUCAGAGGUCUAUAUUUUUCUCAACAUCUGACGAGAACGACUUUUUUUAAAAAGUAUUUUGGGGAUAAAAACGCAAAAAAUAAAUCAAACAAAAAAAAAUAAAAUAAACACACACACACACACACACACAUACAUGCACACACACAAAAGAGGAAUCAAAGAACUAUUUUCUGAUCUAUGUUAAGGAAUAGCAAAAGAUUAUAUCAUAAAUGGAAAUAUGUUGUUGAGUGACAGUGGGAUGGAUUCAUAGUAUUUAUUUUUAUUUGCAUAGUUUCCUAAGGAGCAUUGCAGAGUUCUCAGAAAUCACACAAAGAAGAAGAAGCAGAAGCAGAAGAAGAAGAGGAGCGACAGUGACAGUUCAUACUGGCAGAUGAAUCACCAUUCAACAGGCGAGGAGGAAGAGGUGGACACAGUGAACAUGGUCAAACUGCCCUGGACAUUACUUCCGUACUCUAUACGUAUCUAUAUAUAAUAUAUUUCCAUAUUUUCUGUAUAUUUUGAAUAUUUGUUUAAAUGUGGUCACCUUCUGCUCUAACAACAGAGGAUUGCUGUGGCUAAGCGGGAUGGGGAGGGGGGGUCAAACUAUAUACUGGAACGAUGUCUUCACAUUUCUAAGAGUUAUGUAUCUUGCCUAGGUAAAAGUAUGACAUUGUAUUUUAUUUAUUUACUGAUAUCUUGGUCUCACUCGAAUUUUCACCUUUUCAAUCAGAAAUCUGAAAAAAAGAAAAAAAACAAACAAACAAAAAAAAACAAACAAACAAAACAACGUGUUGCUGCAGAGAUAAAUUCAGAGGUAUUUUUGUACUGUUCCAUCCAUGCACUUUGCUGUAUAGUUCUAUUUAUGGAGACUUCUACUUGUACAUGUGCAAAAGGCCCAUAUUAAAAGUGUCACUAUGGACUGAACAAGGUGCCUGUGGAGGGAGAGGCGUUCGCUGCAGCUGCCCACACUGACCCAUCAGCUCUGCUCCGCUCAAGAGUUUCUCUCCAAAGUCGUGGAUAAAUGUUUUUAAAGCUGCAUCAGUAGAUUUUUGAACAAACUGAAAACACGAAUAGGAUUGCGACUAGUAAUUCUUCCCAUUAUUAUUUGAUUUAUUGAUUAAUCUGGAGGUUAUUUUCUCAAUUAACUGUCUAUAAAAAUGUAAGAAAAUUGUGGAAAAUGUGAAUCCACAUUUCCCACAGUCUGAUAUUUCUGGUUUGAAAAAUGACUCAAAUGAUAAAUUGAUAAUAAUUGCCGACUAUUUUUCUGUAAAUCGACUAAUCGUUUGAUAAUUGUUGCAGCUCUAAACACAUCAUCCGCCAUAUUAUAUAUUAUAACCUUAUAGAAAGCCAAAGUCUUGCUGCCACGAGAUGCUAGCUGCUGCUCUACUAGCUUCUGUAUCAGUGCAAUCUAAUGAAAGGUUUCUUUCGUCUUUAUCAGGUUUCACCGUCCAAUUUUUAAAAAAUAAAUCUGUAUUUAUUAAGUUUAAACUUUUGUGAUCUUAACAAACUUAAACAACAAAUUUUUUGUUAACACACAAAAAGCUGUAGCUGCUAAAAAAAUGUACCAGUACGUCACGUCAUUGUAACUUGGAUAAACAACAACAAUAUUCUCUAAUAAUGUAAUUCUUCCAGCUCUGUAGCUGUAAUCACUGCUGACUGAAAACAACAUCGUUCAGUCUUCUCUGUCCUACUGUUAUUAAAGCCUCACUCUGCUGACGUUUGACCCGUUAGGUUCUAGGGCUUAUGGGACAUUUUGUUUGUUAAACAAAAAAACAGAAAUAUUAAAUGAACAACAAUAUUUCAUUCUUGUUUUUUACCCUCCCUGUCUCAAGAAACGGAGUGAAUAACAUGACGUAUUGUUGACUAAGGUUAUAUUCCAGGCCGACAUUUUAUAGUGUCAGUGUAGUUUUGAAUAAUGUUUACAUGUUUAUACAAAACCCAUAAGUUGUAGUUUCACUUUGGCUCUUUGUAAAGUUGCUGUGGCUAAUAUGUUAGCAAAUAGCCACUGAUAAUAUACAAUUAGUAGAUAUGGAACCAUUUGGAGUCGUUCUUCUGAACUUAAGUUUAAUAUUCUCUCUAUUUUUGCCAAAUAUAUCUGUCGCCAUUAGUGACGAGCUAAUUUAGGCCCAAAACAAUCAGCUAAAAGAGGCUAAAUGCUCAAUACAGCUACAGAAUUUAGUAAUAACAAUAAUAAUCUUUGUGCUCAUAAUUAUGAGCAACACCUUUCGCGUUACACAAAGGCGUUUGAUUUAGUGUUAACAUUAAAAAAACGAUUAGUGCAGGUUGAACAAAGUAAAAUCAACACAGAAAAUCAAGGUGAAUCCAUCUUCAGAAAUGUUGUUGUUUUGUUGAUUUAUUACGAUUGUACAUCACGACUCUGCUCCUGGUCGUUCUGUGACGAGCGGAUGUCAGUGAUGUUUUAUUUUGGAUUGAAACUCUUCAGUGAAGAAGCGUUGUGGAGCGUCAGGGCGGCAGGUAGCUCCAGGUUGAAUCUGAAAGUAGCCUCAUAUUGAUACUGAAUGCUGUUUAACACAUGACUGGUGCUUUGUUUUUAAAAUGAGAGAAAAAAAAAAUUAGUCGUUUGAAAACCCAAGAGCAGUAAAAAAAAAAAAAAAAAAAAAA